AUGCUAUCCCUCUUCGGUCCCUUCCCCGACGCAAAACACCCAACACCCCUCCAACCCCUCCAACCCCCACCACCCACACCACACCACCCCGGCGAACCCAUCCCAUACAUCCACCACCGCCAUUCCAACCACCCCAAUCCAUGGCCAUGGCACGAACAUCCCCACGGGUACUCCCUCCACCCCUCACGAAUGGAAACGGAUCCCCUGCACGGCUACGCCACAUUACGUCCCCUCGACGGCUAUCUAUCGCACCGAGAAUAUGCGGGCCGUCAGCUCGAAAGGAGGCUUCAAGCUAGCGAGCAUUCAAAUGUUUGUCCGGUUCAUUUCCUGGACCAUAAUGAGAUUGGUAAUGUAGAAGGAGAGGAAGAUCCGAAGGAUAUCUCGGCUAGGAAGGCUUUAGAGGCGAGACCGAGAGUUUCUGGUGAGGAUCGUGAGUUGUUGGUGCCUAUUCUGGAACUCUGCCUUUUGGGUUUUGUUACUUGGACGUUCUUUUCGUAACGGAAUUUUGACAAUGUGGGGAAAUACGGUAUCUGUUUUUCUUUUGCUUUUUAUGGUUGUUUCUUAACGAACUUUAUGAAUUUUAUUAUCUUGUUAUUUUUUAUAUACUUUCUUUCAAUGAUGUCUCUGUAUCGUGGUUUCUAUAUUUUCUCAUGUUCGCGCAUCAGAUCAUCUUUUUGAACCUAACCAUAUACCUCCUUAUCUUUUGACAAUUCAUCUACUGCUAACGACACAGAGACCCGGCGAUUUGCGAGGAACGAGAUAAUGAUCACGACAAUAAGAUACUAGAUUAA